AAUUCUGGGAGUUGAAGUCCACAAGUCAUAAAAGAGCCAAGGUUGCCUACCCCUGGUCUAACUGAACAAACUACUGUCUUUGUGGUGCCUCCCUCAUUUUAGUGCAGGGACGUGGCCAGGCCAUCAUCAGAGGUCAACACUGAUUCCGGCACAAACAUAAAAAAAAGUGAAAAGAUAAUAAAAUGGAUUAAAUCAGUAAACACAGGGUAGAAGCUCCAUAGUUGGUGACAUACGGUUCUUCCAUUGUGUUUGUGGACUUUUUUUUUUUUUUUUUUUGGGCAGUUGAAUGUUCUGAGUUCUGAACAAAAGCCCAAGAUUCUGUUAACAAGGAGAAGAUGAAGGUGGGGUAUUGCUGUCGGAAAGUCACCCUGUACUUAUUUUUCUUCUUCAAUCACCUUUUCUUUAUCUUGGGGGCGCUGAUGGUUGGGAUUGGCAUCUGGAUUUUGGCUGACUCAAAGCCCUUCAGUCCCAUUCUGCAGAACUCGGCACCGUCGUUCCAAGCUGGGCUUUAUGUCUUCAUGGGAGUCGGUGCCAUCACCAUGGUGCUUGGCUUCCUGGGGUGCGUAGGGGCUCUCUUUGGCAUCCAGUGUGCCCUUGGCAUCUAUCUCACCUGCCUGUUGCUCAUCCUCUCGGCCCAGAUCACCGCUGGUCUGAUGAUCUACUUCCAACAGAGCUCGCUGAAAGCCAGAAUGUCCGAAGUGGUGAUCGAUCUCUUCCAGACGUACAACCCUUCCGAUGAAAUGAACCAGGUCCUCGAGUCCGCUUGGGACUUUGUUCAAUCCCAGUUCUCGUGCUGCGGCUGGACUGGACCCGAAGACUGGCAACUCAACAAAAUCCUCUGGAACAGCAGAAUGCAGUUCUAUCCGUGUUCUUGCAGCAACCGGACGGAGGACGCCUUGAGAGGAACGGGCUUCUGCGCUCUGGAGACCGAUUUGAACACAACCACUCUGGCCGACUGGCCCGUGAAGAAGCAGGGGUGCGGGACGGCUGUGCAGACCUGGUUGCAGGAAAAUUUCAACGUCUUUCUCGGGGUUUGCGCGGGGGUGGCCAUCACGGAGCUACUGGGAAUAGGGCUCUCUCUCUGCCUUUGCAAAGGCAAAACAUGCCAAUAAUGAAGGCGAUGCCCUCACCUGGAAUCUGGAUGCCAUCCACGAGGAAAGAGGCAACUGGAUUCCUUACUCCAGAUGUUUCUUGGCAGUCCCUGCUGGGGCAUUAGCCCAACAUCUCUUCCUCUACUUAUCUUGCUCCCUUCUACCUGUAUAAGCCAAGAGCACAAAGGGAUGCGGAAGUUCUGAAUGGCAUUGCUUUCAGCUUUUAUUCAUCACCAUAAUAAGAUCGAGGAUGCUCUGUAUGCCUUAUAGAUACCCCUUUCGCUGUGCCCACCCUCUUCCUUCUAUGCAAUUUGGAUCAAGUUGGGAGAUUAGAUGGGUGGGCUUCUUCCUCAAUUAUUCCUACCAAAGGAUGGUUCGUCCAAAUUAUUCUCAAGCUAUUCAGACACCGCUCUUAAGGCUGACUUCUUCAAUUCUUACUGGAAAAUCUCUUCGGUCUGGAAUCGUGUCCCUUGCUCUGUUUCUCCAAUUUUUUUAAAAAUAAAGUGUUGGCUGUACAACAUUCUUUCUCUUCCUGUUUGGUGUUCGGGAUGCCCAUCAGAUCAAAGGGUAGGUCAGCUUCAAAGGAGAGUCUUUGAGGAUCGCGGUGUGGAAUAUCUGAAGUUUUCCUGGUUUUGUUCAUUGGAAGGCCAUUUAUUUUUGUUGUACAGGUAAUCUUUGACUUUUAUUUAGUGACCGAAGUUAUUUGUUUAGUGACCGAAGUUACUACAGUACUAAAAAAAAAGACUUACAACAUGUUUUUCACACAUAUGAGCGUGGCACCAUCCCACAUGAUCAAAAUUUGGAUGUUUGGCAAUUGGUUCGUAUUGAUGACAAUUGGACAGUCCCGGGGUCACGUGAUCACCUUUUGCGACCUUUUGACUAAGCCAAGUCAAUGGGGAAGCCGGAUUUCCUUAGCAACCGUGUUACUAACUUAACAACAAUUAACAAUU